AUGGCGGCGGCGGGCGCGGGGGCCGGGCCCGGGCCCGGCGCGGGACCCUCGGCCGGCGCCGGUGCGUCCAACCCGCGCAAGUUCAGCGAGAAGAUCGCACUGCAGAAGCAGCGGCAGGCGGAGGAGACCGCGGCCUUCGAGGAGGUCAUGAUGGAGAUCUGCUCCACACGGCUGCAGGCGCAGAAGCUGCGGCUGGCCCACAGCCGGGGCCCCUUCUACAGCGGCUCCCUGCCCAACGUCAACCAGAUCGGCAGCGGCGUGCCCGACUUCCAGGGCCCGUCGCCGCUGGAUUCCACGCGCGGCACGCGGCACCACGGGCUGGUGGAGCGCGUGCAGCGGGACCCGCGCCGCAUGAUGUCCCCCCUGCGCCGCUACGUGCGCCAGAUCGACAGCUCUCCCUACGGACCCACGUACCUGUCACCACCGCCCGAGCCCAGCUGGAGGAGGACCAUGCCCUGGAGCAAUUUCCCCAUGGAGAAAGGACAUUUAUUCCGGCUGCCCUCAGCUCUCAACAGGACGAACUCGGACUCGGCGCUGCACACGAGCGUGAUGAACCCCACACCCCAGGACUCCUACCUGGGCCCCUCCCAGGCCGGGCCCCCCCCCGGCCGCCGAGCUGGUUUCCUGGACGGGGACUCGGACAGCAAAGUGUUUCUUUUCCAAGUGCCUCCCAUCGAAGAGAACUUCGAUGACAACAAGCACUCGCUGAAGCCCUGGGACGCCAAGAAGCUCUCGUCCUCCUCGGCCCGGCCGCGCUCCUGCGAGGUGCCGGGAAUCCACGUAUUCCCAUCCCCGGAUCAACCUGCCAACGUGCCCCUCAUGCCCUCGGCCCUCAACACGGGGGGGUCCCUGCCCGACCUGACCACGCUGCACUUCCCGUCCCCCCUGCCCACCCCCCUGGACCCCGAGGAGGCCCCGUACCCGCCCCUGAGCGGGGGCAGCAGCACCUCCAACCUGGCCACCACCAUGACCCACCUGGGCAUCAGCGGCAGCGCCGGCGGCGUCGGGCUGGGCUACGACCCCCCAGGGCGUGCCCCUGGACACCAGCAAGCUGCCGGCGGAGCAGCGGCUGCCCCCGUACCCCUACGGGCAGCCGGGGCUGCUGCUGGGCUCCCAGCCCCCCCCGAGGGGCCCCGCGCCCCCCCCGCGCCCCUACAACCCCCCCUACACCCCCGGCACCCCCCUGGGGCAGCCCCUGGCACAGCCCCACGCAGCAGACUUCGGCCUGGGCAGCCUGGAGCAGUUCGGGAUCGGGGAGAGCCCCCCCGGGAACAGCGGAGGCUUCCCCGAGGAUUUGGGGGGGGCCCUGGGUUACCCCCCGAGCGAGGGGGGCUACGACCCGCCCGGCCUGAGCCGCCCAAACCUGAGCAACUGCAGCCGCCACGGCCCCAUCCCCAACAUCAUCUUCACAGGCGACUCGCCCCCGGGCUGUCCAAGGAGAUCGCCACGGCCCUGGCGGGGGUGCCGGGCUUCGAGGUGGAGGGGGGCUCGCUGGGGAGCCUGGGGGGCCUGGAGGAGGAGCUGCGCAUCGAGCCGCUGACGCUGGACGGGCUGAGCAUGCUGAGCGACCCGUGCGCGCUGCUCACCGACCCCGCCGUGGAGGAUUCCUUCCGCUCCGACCGCCUGCAGUGAGCCCGGGCCGGCCCCGGGGCCGCCGCCCGCUGCGCUCCCGCUGAGGGACCGGGGCAGCUCCGGGAGAGAACCGGGAAGGCAGCGGGACAGCACCCGGAAUGCACCGGGAGUGCAACGGGAGAGGCGGGAACGGAUCCCGACCCGGAAUGGAUCCCGAACCCCGGAAUGGAUCCCAAACUCGGGAGCGGAUCCCGAACCCCGGAACGGAUCCCGAACCCCGGAACGGAUCCCGAACCCCGGAACGGAUCCCGAACCCCGGAACGGAUCCCGAACCCCGAAACGGAUCCCGAACCCCGGAGCGGAUCCCAAACCCGGCUGCAGGGAGCUGCGAACCCCCCAGCCCCACAGAAAUGGGCGGGGGCUCCGUCCGGACCCUCCAAACUGUGGCUGUCAAGGGCUGUGACCGCCCCCAGUGAGCCUGGGGGGGUCCGUGCCAAGCCCCCUCCCCAGUUCCCACCCUGGGACUGACCCUGUCACUGUCCUGCAGGAAAAUCCUGGAAAAGUGGGGAGGGGGCUCCAUGCACGGCUCUCAAGGGCUCCUUCUGCUCCUUCCGAAGUUGGGGGGGUCCCCAGCACCCCCCAGCCCCCUCCCCAAAUUCCCACCGGGUUCUCUUCUCCAGGAAACCCCGGGACCACCUCGGGGUGAGGGAAUUUGGGGAGGGGGAGACAAUCCAGGCACCCCCCCAAACACCCUGGGGGGUUCCACUCAUCGCCCCCCCCUCAAUUCCCACCCCCAGAGCCCACCUGGCACCGAACCCCGGGAAAUUUGGGGAGGGGGCUGCACCCCCGGGGGGGCUGUACAU